AAAAAUAAAACAUUUUUGAAUAAAGGUGAAUUUGGGGUUACCGAUAAAGAAAGAACUAAAAUUGUUGCAUAAAAAUAAUGGAACUAGUCUGCGAAGUGCAAAAAUAUGACUGGGGCAAGCGAGGUCAAGAAAGUAAGGUAGCACAAUUAAUUAAAACAGGAAAUGAACACUUUCAAAUUGAAGAAUCAUCACCAUAUGCAGAAUUAUGGAUGGGGACCCAUGUAAAUGCACCUUCUGUAGUAAAAGAAACAGGUCAACUUUUAUCCAAAUACAUAAGUGAACAUCCCAAUGUUUUAGGAGAAAAGGUAGCAGCUAAAUUUAAUAAUCAGUUACCUUUUUUAUUCAAAGUUUUAUCAAUUAACAAUGCUCUGUCUAUACAAGCACAUCCUACAAAACAAUUUGCAGAAGUAUUACAUCAAAAGUAUCCUAACAUUUACAAAGAUCCAAAUCACAAGCCUGAAAUGGCUAUAGCUCUCACUCCAUUUGAGGCUUUAUGUGGUUUUAGGCCUCCACAAGAGAUAAGGCACUUUAUAGAACAACUACCUGAAUUGGAAAAUAUAACAAAGUCUAUGAACGAAACAGAUGAUGUAAAGUUUCUUGAAAAAUCAUUUAGGUCAAUUUUAACAUGUGAUAAACAGUUAAUCUCAUCUACCAUAAAAUCAUUACAAGCAAAAUUUAAGGACUUAAGCUCGUGUGAACAAUCAAAGUAUCAUGUAUCACUGUUUGAUCGCCUUAACUGUCAAUUUCCAAAUGAUAAUGGAGUGUUGAUGGUCUAUUUCUUAAAUUACAUAAAACUAAAACCAUCUGAAGCAAUUUUCUUAGCAGCUAAUGAGCCACAUGCAUACAUUUAUGGUGAUUGUAUUGAAAUAAUGGCUUCUUCAGAUAAUGUAGUGAGAGCUGGAUUGACACCAAAGUUUGUUGAUGUUGAAACUCUUGUAAGCAUGUUGGAAUACAAGGGAGAUAUUGCUGAGGAAAAACUCUUCAAACCAGUCAAUGAAGAUGAGCAUACAAGAUUGUUUAGACCUCCAGUACCAGAUUUUGCAGUUGUAGAAAUUCGAAUUCCAAAUUCUGUCAAACUGUAUAGAACAAUAAAAAGGGACAGUGCUAGUAUAAUAAUUAUUAUUCAAGGUACUGGAAAAAGUAAAAAUAGAGAAAUAAAACCGGGCCUGGUUUUAUUCUUAGCAGCAGAUGAAACAUUCGAGGUUUCAGAAAUAUCUUCAUCUACAGAAUAUUUAUUAAUGUACCAAGCAUUUGCCAACUUGUGAUAAAUAAAGUAUCAAUAUUAUUUU